AGGGCCCGCCGCCGGGCCGCAGCCAUGGAGGCAGGGAAAAAGCGCCCCGACAAAGACACGUCAAAAGGAAAAAAGGCAUAUCAAGAUGCUUCAGACCCAUCUCCAACAGAAGAAGACCAGCAAAAGCUGAAAUACAGCCAUAACACAUACAGACUGGAGCCACGUACUAAAGUUCAGGAUGGUUUAAUAAGAGACAAAGCUCAAGCGAUACUAACGAAUAAACUACAAGGAGCCACAUACAAUGGAGCUUCUAGUCCUCUCUUGUGUGCUUCAAUUUCAGAAGAAAUAUUAAAGGCUGUGAAGGAUUUGGACUAUGACCGUUAUAAGUAUGUGGUAUCAGUGCUAAUUGUGGAAAAGGCAAAUCAGGCAAUGAUUGUUGCCAGCAGAUGCCUCUGGGAUGUUCAAAGAGACACUUGGGUUUCAGCUAAAUGUGAAACCGAUACAUUUAUUGCACUGGCAUUGGUAAUGGCUUGUUAUUACGACUAAAAUUCUGAAAGUCACAGCUGCAUUCGUGCAUCACAUACAUGGUAUAUUUGAAAAUUUUCAAAAUACCAUUAUUUUAGUAUUAUUUUUUGUCCUUUUGCUGUUGGCACAUUCCAACUAACAUGCAGUUGAGA